CUCGGGGCGCUGGUGCUGUCAGGCGGGCUCUGCGUGAACCAGGAGGAGCGGCUCAUACACCACCUCUUCGAGGAGAGGGACUACGACAAGGAGGUGCGCCCCGUUGUCUCCAUCGACCAGGUCGUCGACGUCUACCUGGCCCUCACUCUGUCCAACCUCAUCUCACUGAAAGAGGUGGACGAGACGCUCACCACCAACGUAUGGCUCGAGCACGGCUGGACCGAUUACCGCCUGCAGUGGAACAAGUCCGAUUUUGGGGACAUUGAGGUGCUCCGCCUGCCGCCGGACAUGCUGUGGCUGCCUGAGAUAGUCCUGGAAAACAACAACGAUGGGCUCUUCGAGAUCGCCUACUACUGCAACGUCCUUGUCUACAACACAGGCUACGUCUACUGGCUGCCGCCCGCCAUCUUCCGCAGCACCUGUCCCAUCAACGUCGACUUCUUCCCCUUCGACUGGCAGAACUGCACCCUCAAAUUCAGCUCACUGGCAUACAGUGCCCUGGAGAUCAACAUGCACCUGAAGACAGAUAGCGACCCAGAGACCGGCAAGGAUUACCCGGUGGAGUGGAUCAUCAUCGACCCUGAAGGCUUCACGGAGAACGGUGAAUGGGAAAUCAUCCACCGCCCGGCCCGCAAGAACAUCCACCCUGACAACCCCCCUGAGAGCAGUGAGCACCAGGACAUCACCUUCCACCUCAUCAUCAAGCGCAAGCCGCUCUUCUAUGUCAUCAACAUCGUCACACCCUGCAUCCUCAUUGCCUUCAUGGCCAUCCUUGUCUUCUACCUGCCCGCUGACAGUGGUGAGAAGAUGACGCUGGUGAUCUCGGUGCUCCUGGCCCAGUCUGUCUUCCUCCUGCUCAUCUCCCAGCGCCUGCCUGCCACCUCCCACGCCAUCCCCCUCAUCGGCAAGUACCUGCUUUUCAUCAUGCUGCUCGUGACGGCUGUGGUGAUCAUCUGCGUCAUGGUCCUCAACUUCCACUUCCGCACCCCCAGCACCCACAUCAUGUCUGACUGGGUCAAAGAGGUCUUCCUGGAGAAACUGCCACGCCUGCUGGGCAUGCUGCAGCCGGCCGAGAGCCCGGCGGGCGCCCCGUGCAUCCGGCGCUGCAGCUCGGCUGGCUACAUCGCCAAGGCGGAGGAGUACUUCAGCGUCAAGUCCCGCAGCGAGCUAAUGUUCGAGAAGCAGUCAGAGCGGCAUGGGCUGGCCAGCCGCAUCACCCCCGCCCGUUUGGCGCUCGUGAACACAGGUGAGGAACAGCUCUACGAGCACAUAAAACCCAUCGUUGACAAUGCCAACUUCAUCGUCCAGCACAUGCGGGAGAAAAACAGCUACAAUGAGGAGAAGGACAACUGGAACCGUGUGGCUCGGACCCUGGACCGCCUCUGCCUCUUCAUCCCCCCCACGCGGGUGGUGGGAACCCUCUGGAUCUUCCUCAUGGGCAUCUACAACCAUCCUCCGCCGCUGCCCUUCGCCGGAGACCCCUACGACUACCGGGAGGAGAAUAAGCGCUUCAUCUAG